AUGACUCGACGUGAGACUCUAAUCUCUCGCUCCAUAGUUUAUGCCAUUUUAACGGCCAAAGAGGAUGGAAGACCUGCUCGGAAACCUUCUCUUUUAAGGAGAGCUCUUCGCCUCUUCUAUUUGUAUUGGUUGUCCUUCCGACUAGUACGGGAAGAUUUAUUUAAGCCUCUGCGUGGCAUAUGGAUGAUUAACGAGGAUAGCUAUAAGGCCAGCUUUAAUGUCAGGAAGCAGAUUGACAAGAAGAAUAAAGGUGUUCUAAUACCGAUGGGUGAUAUGGGUUACAGCGGCUCGACAUUCUUCUGCACUAAUGACGGUGCCUAUCUGGUGAAGUCGGUUCCUCGACAUUUUGAACAUGACUUCUUCAAGAAUGAUAUGCUCAUACCUUACACCGAUCAUAUGCGCGUCAACCGCUCCAGUCUAUUAGUGCAUAUCACCAAUUUUCUCGAGAGCACCCACAGGACUAUAGGCACGCUGUUAGGCCUUGCGCCAAGCCAUCACAUCGUCAUGGAAAACAUCUUAUACGGACAGGACCAAGAGCCUCAGGAUGGCCCGAAACCGAAAUGGGAGUCGUGGGAUCUAAAACCCACCUCCUAUUUCUUCCCCGAGAGAGAUAUCGCCGGGGGAGCGUUAGCUUCCCAGGCUACAAAGUCCAAGCUCGCCGAUGAAUUCAACGACAAGAUUCGACUCUCCGAAGCACAAGCUACUGAAUUUGAACGUCAGAUAGAAAAUGACACUCUCCUUCUUGCGAACUGCAAUGCCGUCGACUAUUCGCUCUUUCUCGUUCGGAUAUCUGCAUCAGACGCUCCGACGAUAGAACCGGAACCCCUAAUCCAGUUAGAAGAGGCCGGCGAUGAACCCACCCCAUCUGUCCAGCCACCUUUCACACCACCGAACCCACCGAGCUGGAGGACGGGAGUCGUAUCGAGCGACGGUAGAGAGAUUUACAGAGCUUCCAUCUUGGAUUUCUUCUGGGCCAAGCACACAAUCCAUGCAAAGGCAAUGACUACGUUAGUCCGAGGCUAUAACCUCAUCGACGACCGAGGGCCGAUGAGCAUCACCACAGAUAGCGAGGAGUACCGAAACAGGUUUUUAGAUAUGUGCAAGGGGAUCGUAGAAGUACAAGUAUAA